UGACAUAUUUUCUAAGCGUUUUGGUGAUUUCAUUCCUAUCUCACCUCCUUAGUUAGAAGAGUUCAAUUAAACGGUGCAUAGCUAUUUUGUACCACGACAUAAUGUUAUCAAUCCGGAACACAAUGGCGUUUCGAACGGAAGUCAGACAUGUUGUGACGAUGUAGCCUUCCACCUUAAUCUUCACCCUGAACCCUUAUGAUUCUUCAAAUCAACAUUUAACACAACGCACCGACGGGAAUAUUUUCCAAUGGCGACUUUAAGGGUAGAUGAUUUGGUUCUACCCAGCUUUCCACCCUUUGUGAAAGACGCCCGCAAACACAUUAGUGACAUCGAGAACUUUCCUACAAGAAAAGAUGACAUUUUAUUAUUUAAUUAUCCCAAAUCAGGAAACCAUUGGUUAAACGAGAUCAUACCCCGACUUCUACAUAACAAACUGGAUUCAGACCACUUGCUGAUAGAGCACUUUCUGGACUAUGUGGAAGAUCUAGAAAGCAUGAACUCGAUUCCCUCCCCUAGAGUUAUGAUGUCACAUCUUCCCCCUCGACAUCUUCCAAAGGAUCACAUUAAAAAUGGCGGUAAGAUUGUCCAUAUCAUUAGGAAUCCCAAGGACGUGGCGCUUGCGGCUUUCCACCACUAUAAACAGGAUCCUUUCGCGGCUGAGGUCCUUGGCGUCUCUAAAGAUCUAUCUGCAUUCCUGGACUUGUUUCUGAAAGGAGAGACUCUCUAUGGCAGCUGGUUUGAUCGAGAAAGAGAGUGGGAAGAAGCAGCAAAGAAAAAUCCAGAUAACUUGCUUGUUAUAUACUACGAGGACCUGAAACAGAAUGGAAUGGAAAGCAUGAUGGAACUCGCCACUUUCCUGGGUACAAGUAGUGACCCCGACUUUCUACAAUCUGUUUAUGAUACAUGCACUAUCGGAGAGGUUAAAAAGAGAAAAAAUACUCCCUUUGACUAUAUUGUCCUUAGAAAAGGUGUUGUGGGUGACUGGAGAACAAACUUCACAGAAAGUGAUAACGAGAUAUUUGAUCAGGUUUACAAGGAGAAAAUGAAAGAUUCAAACCUUAAAAUACGAUUUGUUUAACAUUGAUAAACUAUACACUAACAUUCAUACCAGAUGGUGACUAUAAUUUUGACUGUAAGAUAAUCGUCUGUUAUAGUUUCUUAUUUUAACAUCGCCUAACCCACCAAAGUGACGAAGUAUUGGCGACCAUUUUAAUCAUUCGUUGUACGUAUCACCAUUUUGUCUGAAACACCUCGGAUUAUCUUUAUCAAACGAAUGUAGCAUGUGCAAGAGGAAUAAAACAAAAAGAAUGAAUUAGUGUAAAAAACGUAAAAAUGAAGGCAAUGUGUAUAAAUUAUUAUUAUUACUCGACACAUAAUACACAAACCACUAGUAUAUACCUGACCAUGAUAAGUAUUACUGUAUUUAAUUAGAUUUUGAAAAUAACUAAUCAAAAGAAAUAGGUUCUAUUGUUAAGAUGGGAUCAUGAGUUCCUAGUAAAUUGUUGCAUUUUUGACAGUAAAGCCAUUUGGGCCCUUUUUUGUUCUGUUUGAUUGCUUCUACAGUGAUUUUUAACUUUGUUUUUGUUUUUUUUAUUUCCUUAUUGUAUAAGAAUUUUGUAGAAUUAUUUUUUAUUACUUGAUAAACGAUUUUUGUCAACUAUUACUCCGAAACAAUUUGAGGAGUUGUUAUAAUGUGCUUGUAAACGUUCUCUGGUGAGAAUAUAGAAAGCUGUGAGAACUUGUGUUCAAAUACAUUCUAUCUUACAUGAUAAAAUAUUUCAAACAUG